AGAUUCAAUAAAGAAAGAGAUGGUGAUGAUUGUUCUCUGGAACUAUAUGACCAACCUCAACCUAUAAAUAAAAAUGAUGAUUUUAACAAUUCUAAAGACAUUGAAACAAAAUAUGAUGAACAAGAUCACUUAUCUUCUGAUUUAGAAACUUCAAGAAAAUGCGAACAUGAUAUGGAUGAUAUUAUACCAACACAAACAAACAAGAAAAUUGUAGUUGGUACAUUAUACCAUUUUUAA